CCAGCGCUUAAUACGUCACAACUUACGCGCACCUUAUUUUGGCCUUGCACGGUUGCCAUACUCGGGAAGAUGGCGACCGUAGUGUUGAUUAGCCGUCCUGCAGGUGUCAUUUCAAAGAUUUCAACAGGCAGCUGCUGUCCCACUGUGUUUGCAGCUGCGUCUGUCACCACAGUUCAGCAGAGGAAGCUGCACCAUGCCGUCAUCCCUAAAGGGAAAGGAGGACGUUCUUCAUUCAGUGGAAUCGCCGCCACCGUGUUUGGAGCCACAGGUUUCCUGGGGCGAUAUAUGAUCAACAGGCUGGGUCAGAUGGGCUCUCAGAUUGUAAUCCCCCACCGCUGUGAUCAGUAUGACCUCAUGUACUUCAGGCCCAUGGGUGACCUGGGGCAAAUUAUUUUUAUGGAGUGGGAUGCAAGGAACAAAGACUCCAUCCAACGGGCCAUCGAGAACUCCAAUGUGGUCAUCAAUCUGGUGGGCAGGGAGUGGGAAACGAGAAACUACCGCUUUGAGGACAUCUUCGUCACCAUCCCUCAGCAGCUUGCCAGAGCAACCAAAGAAGCUGGAAUCACAAAGUUCAUCCACAUGUCGCACCUCAACGCCGACAUACGCAGCCCCUCCAAAUACCUGAGGAACAAGGCUGUGGGUGAGGAAGUUGUAAGAGAAGAGUUUCCAGAUGCUGUUAUCAUGAAGCCAUCUGAGAUGUUUGGCAGGGAGGACAGAUUCUUCAACCAUUAUGCAAAUAUGCGCUGGUUCGGCAACGCUAUUCCUCUUUUGGGCCUCGGGAAGAAAACAGUAAAACAGCCUGUUUAUGUGGUGGACGUGGCCAAGGCCAUUGUCAACGCUGUGAAAGACCCAGAUGCUAAUGGGAAGACCUACACCCUCGUUGGCCCAAACCGCUACAUCCUUCAUGACCUGGUGGAGUACAUCUACGCAGUGGCACACAGACCCUUUCUGCCCUACCCCCUGCCUCGCCCUCUCUACCACCUGGCUGCAAAGAUGUUUGCAAUGAACCCGUUUGAACCCUGGACAACCCCAGACAAAAUCGACAGGUUUCACACAACAGACAUGAAGUAUCCAGGACUUCCUGGUCUGGAGGAUCUCGGUAUCACAGCUUCAUCUGUAGAGCAAAAGGCGAUUGAGAUCCUGCGUCGCCACCGCCGGUUCCGGUACCUCGAAGCUGAGCUGGAUGAGACCAAGCCAGCCAAGACGGUCAACUAUUAAACUAUAGCAUGAAAUGUCUUUCAAUAAUUCAUCUUUUAGCGGUGUUCUGUACAUAAAUAAACACUUAUCCCUA